CCUCGAUUGAAUCAGUCGCACAUUUUAGAGCAACUUAAAUUGUUAAAUUACUUGUUUGUUAACCUAUGAUAGUGCCUGGUCAGAUUCUGAUGUUAUUCAACCUUUCGUAAUUUUUGGUCAUCCAAUAUCUAUUGAACUAAAAAUUAUUUCAUCUUUAAGUUUCUCUAUCCCGCCAUUCGGUUCUGUUUGUUAUCAUAUGUUUUUGUCCUGAAGCACAUGGUUAAACUCAUAUUUCGCUCAUUUUGAAAUUUUGUUACUUGAAUCAAUUAUGAGCUACAGGUCUAAAGAUCUUUUAUCCUUUGAGCCUAAAUCGUGCCCUGAUUCAUUGUUAAUUGUUAAAAAGAACUCUCAUAAAAGACCGAGAACUGAACUUAACACCUCAAGAGUGGAAAGCGAACUUAUACCCGCUAUUCAGAAUUUUCUGGAAAAAGUUAAAGCUGAAAGAAACAAAGGACUUGAAGACUGUUCCUCCUCGUCUGAGUCAUCAGGUUCUUCGGGAUCGUCAGUUGCCACGUCUUCUGGUUAUUCAAUUGCACGCAGAGAUACAUCUAAUUCUUCUUCUUCUUCCUCUUCUUCCAGUUCGGAAGAAACCUCAUCAUCAGAAGAAGAGGCUCAACAAGUCCAAUUGAACGUAUUAUUCUACAAACGUGAACACGAUUCAUCCGACUCCAGUAGUAGCUCUUCUGAAAGUGACUCUGACAGUGAUUGAUCGCUUCACCAAUUAUUUUGUAAUCUUGUAAAACAGCAUCUAAUAUUCAAUAUAAAUAAUGGAGGACUAUUCUAAUGACCCUGUUCUGAAGAAAUUCCCAUGCCCUCUUUUUAAAGCUCAAGAGUCCGAACAAAAACGUUUAGCAGCUUUAACUCAAAAAGUUGAACAAGAAAAACUAGCCAAACAGUUAAUUAAAAGUUCCUUAUCUGGGCAAGCUUUGAACAAGAAAAUUGUUUUUGAUAAUCCAGUCCCAUUGGUAAAAGAAGAACCUGUUUCCAAAAAACUAUUUGCUGAGGAUGAAGAUAAUGAAGAAUUCGGUGGUGACCAAUCCUAUGAGUUCAAACGUUUCAAAAAUUCUAAUGAGUCCAAGAUAAUCGGACUUCAAUCAAGAUUUGCUCAUGAUCCUAGAUUUAAAAUAGAUGAAAGAUUCAUUGAUGACGAAGACAACUACGGUGAUUAUUCACAUGAACAAGAUGAAGCAAAAAAGGAAGAGGAAAAACAAUUAGAUAUUCUUGAAGAAGUAUUAGGAAAACCUUUAAAAAGAAAAUACAAUCAGCCAGAGGAAUCGAAACAUAAUUCAAUCAUUAUUCCACGUUAUGAUCCAACCAAGGCUGAAUCACAAAAGUUUAAAAUACGCAAAGUCCACAAACUUGAACCUUAUCAGCUUCCAGAAAAUACUGAAGAAGAAAACUCUAAACCCGAAGUUUCAAAAGAACGAUUUUAUGAGAUUAGUGAGACUUUCAAAAAAGAUUUCAACGAUGAUCAGUUUGAUGGACAAUCCUUCAGUUUAACUAAAUUGUUUGGUCGACCAGCUGUUGAUUCGACUGUUGAAGCAAAGUUUAUCCCGAAAGAAGAUCAUUCUGGACAAAAAUUUAAAAAAGAAAAACAUUCUAAAUCAGCGCAAGUGGAUUCUGAUGAUGAUGAGGACGAGGAUGAGGAGGACGAAGACGAUGAAGAAGAAAAAGAGGACAAUGAGGAUGAAGAUGAGUCUGAUCUUGAGCAGUCUAAUGUCCAAAAGCCUAUGGCCAAAGCUUCUAGAGAGAUGACUGAGAAAGCUGAAAAAAAGAAAUCUAUUAAAGAUGAUUCAAGUAAAUCUGAAUCUGCUCAGGAUAAAUCGAACAAAAAAAUGAAGUUCAGAGAAAAUAGCAAAGUAUCGAAUCCACUUUUGAAAUAUGAAAGAUUUUUCUUCACCGAAGAUGAUAAACGUUUACAAAACAAUACCUUCUACAACAAUGAGCGAAUAAAAUCUCAUAUUCAGUCAUGGAAGGAAAAGAAAAUUGUUAUGACAACGGCAUUAACUAAAAAGCGAAGACAUUUCAAACACGUUUCCAAAUUGAAGACUACUUUAGAAGCUGGCAAUCCAAGAGAUAAAGAUUUAAAGAAAAAAUAUCGUAUUUUGAAAAAGACAACGAAAAAGCAUUAAUAUUUGUUCUCAAAUCAUGGUUCUGUAUUUGCAUUAAAAAUUAACUCAAUAGAGAUUUAUAAUCAA